AUGUGCCAACAUGGCAACAUAGGAUUUUCCACAUUGAACAAAAUUUUCACAUUUUUGUGUAUAUCCUGUGUUUGUGGAAUUGUGGCCAAAGGAGACGGAGACGGAGGAGAUGAAAACCAGGUUUUAUUAAAUAAAGAAAGUCACGCCGGCGACGGUGGAGGAGGUGGUGGUGCUAGAAUCGUCGCUGAUAUUCCUUAUAAUAUGCGCGGUGGCGCUUUGUCUCAGCCUCUCUCCAAGUCCAUGUUCUCCUCCCCCGGCCUUUCACUUGCUCUUCAAACAACGAUGGAGGGUGGUGGAGGUGGAGGCGGAGGAGGUGGGAUUGGUGAUAUGGGAAGAAUGCCAGAAAGCUACGAGAUCAGCGGUGGCGGUGGCGGUAGAAGGAGCCGCGAUGAGGAGCACGAGAGUAGAUCUGGCAGUGAUAACAUGGAUGGUGGCGCCUCGGGUGACGAUCCCGAUGCCGACGACGGAAAACCACCACGAAAAAAAAGAUACCAUCGUCACACUCCUCAACAAAUCCAAGAACUUGAAGCAUUAUUCAAAGAGUGCCCACAUCCUGAUGAAAAACAACGACUGGAACUUAGCAGAAGAUUAUGUUUAGAGACUCGACAAGUCAAAUUUUGGUUCCAAAAUCGUCGUACACAGAUGAAAACGCAAUUGGAGCGUCACGAGAAUUCAAUUCUUCGACAAGAAAAUGAUAAGCUUCGAGCAGAAAACAUGUCAAUUCGAGAAGCAAUGAGGAACCCGAUGUGCUCAAAUUGUGGUGGUCCGGCCAUGAUAGGUGAUAUUUCAUUAGAAGAACAACACCUCAGAAUCGAAAACGCUCGCUUAAAAGACGAACUAGAUCGUGUUUGUGCACUCGCCGGAAAAUUCCUCGGCCGCCCCGUCUCCUCCAUGGCUCCUCCCAUGCCAAACUCUAGCUUAGAACUUGGCGUUGGCGGCAACAACCAUUUCGGUGGUGGCGGAGUUCUCAGUUCCACCGCCUCAGCGUUACCUCUAGGCCCACCGGAUUUUGGCGUCGGAAUCUCCACCGCUUCUUCUGUUGUUCCAUCUUCAAGAGCAAGUAAUAAUAACGUAAUGGGAAUCGAUCAUUCCCUUGAAAGAUCCAUGUACCUUGAACUAGCGUUAGCUGCCAUGGAUGAAUUAGUCAAAUUAGCUCAAACAGAUGAACCACUUUGGCUUCGAAUAGAAGGUGGUCGUGAAAUCAUGAACCCAAAUGAGUAUUCAAGAGCUAUUACUCCUUGUAUCGGAUUGAAACCAAACGAAUACGUCUCCGAAGCUUCACGGGAGACCGGAAUGGUAAUCAUCAAUAGCUUGGCUCUCGUUGAAACACUCAUGGAUUCGAACAAAUGGGCGGAAAUGUUUCCGUGUAUGAUUGCUAGAACUUCAACUACCGAUGUGAUUUCAAAUGGCAUGGGAGGUACAAGAAAUGGUGCACUUCAAUUGAUGCAUGCGGAGUUACAAGUUCUUUCCCCAUUAGUUCCGGUUCGUGAGGUCAAUUUUCUUCGAUUUUGUAAGCAACAUGCAGAAGGGGUGUGGGCGGUGGUUGAUGUAUCAAUCGAUACAAUCCGGGAAAACUCACCGGCUUUUUCAAGUUGCAGGAGGCUUCCCUCCGGUUGUGUUGUUCAAGAUAUGCCAAAUGGCUACUCUAAGGUCACUUGGGUGGAACAUGCGGAAUAUGAUGAAAGUGCGGUGCAUGAGCUUUACAGACCAUUGGUUCAAGCCGGAAUGGGGUUCGGUGCACAACGGUGGGUUGCCGCCCUCCAACGCCAGUGUGAAUGCCUUGCCAUUCUCAUGUCCUCCGCAGUCUCUACUAGAGAUCAUACCGCUAUAACUUCAAGUGGGAGGAAGAGCAUGUUGAAACUUGCGCAAAGAAUGACGGAUAAUUUUUGUGCGGGGGUUUGUGCGUCCACGGUGUAUAAAUGGAACAAACUUUGUGCGAAUAAUGUUGAUAAAGAUGUUCGGGUCAUGACCCGACAAAGUGUGGAUGACCCGGGUGAGCCACCCGGGAUUGUUUUGAGUGCGGCUACUUCGGUUUGGUUGCCCGUGUCUCCUCAACGGUUAUUCGAUUUUCUUCGUGAUGAACGGUUGAGAAGCGAAUGGGAUAUAUUGUCAAACGGUGGGCCCAUGCAAGAAAUGGCUCAUAUCGCGAAAGGCCAAGAUCAUGGCAAUUGUGUCUCGCUUCUUCGUGCCAGCGCAAUGAAUGCGAACCAGAGCAGCAUGCUGAUUCUUCAAGAAACUUGCAUAGAUGCUGCCGGAUCACUGGUGGUGUAUGCUCCGGUGGACAUUCCGGCCAUGCAUGUGGUGAUGAAUGGCGGUGAUUCUGCUUACGUGGCUCUUCUGCCAUCAGGGUUUGCCAUAGUACCGGAUGGGACAGGUGGUCGGGUCGGGUCAGAGACAGACAACAACAGUGGCGGCAGUGGUGGUGGAGCUGGUGGAUCUCUGCUUACUGUUGCAUUUCAGAUCCUUGUGAAUAGCUUACCUACCGCCAAGCUUACAGUGGAGUCGGUGGAAACAGUUAAUAAUCUUAUUUCGUGUACUGUUCAAAAGAUCAAAGCGGCCCUCCCGUCUGACAACUAAUUAUAUGGAGGGAUUUUAGGGUUUUGAGACAUGGAAAUUAUUGGGUAUGAUGGAUAAUCAGCUGUCAUAUGUGAUGAUUUCCAUGGUGGUGUAUGGUGGUGGUGGUGGUGGUGGUGGGAUGUGAAUGAUAUAAUAGUUUUUUUUUUAAGAAUUUUUGGGGUGAGUCAAGAACGAACCUUGCUUUGCUGUAUGAACAGAUGAUAAGUCGGUUCUUACAGCAACGUGAAGGUGGUGGUUCGGGUAUUGACUCGGUUAACCCGGAUGGGUCGGACGGGUUGGGUCUGGUUGGAUCCGAUUAUGGGGCUGUGUUUAAGUGUGAUAUGGGGUAUUUCAGUCUUUUUGCUUUUUUGAUGUAUGGAAGGCUUACUCAUGGGUUUUUGAUUUAUAUGACUAAUCUUAAUUUGUGGAUUAAUUACUACUUUCUGUUAGUUAUGCUUAUAUGGAAUAAACCCAAUAUUUGAUAUA